AUGGCCAUAGUCAACAGCAAGAAGACAUAUGCCAUCAUCCGUGCAAUAUACAAUCAUAGUCACUCUCCGGAGGAUUUUGAACGGGAAUUAGACUUUGUAUUAAGUCGGAAAGUAUGUAUGGUUAUUAUCGAACCAGAAUCUCUGGGUGAAGUUACAUGGCGUUGGAUUCGUACGGGAAACUGGCUACACAAAACAGCUGUUAUAUCAGGACUUGCUGCUCUAACUACAGCAGGAAUAGGUCUGAUGUGGAAUUCCGUCUUCUGCAAAAUAUACUUUCCAUUAGACUUGGGUAUUCGAUGGUUUCCUAACGUUCGAACAGAUGGUGCUCUGAUCACAAUUACACCUAGUUUUAUUCGAUUUACUACAACUACAUUGAGCGCUAUCAGUGCGUCUGCCGCAGGAUUAUAUGCUUUAUUCUGGCAGUGGGAUCCAUGCUGUAAAUAUCAAGUGGCGUCGUCAGUUGCAUCUCUUCCAGUUGGAGCGACUUCCUUUGUGACACGUAGUAGUCAUGCCAUGAUGAAUUCACAUCCGGAUGAUAAUUCACCCGGAAGUGGGGUGAGCAAUGGUGACAGUCCUAAUGGUUCAUCAGAAAGGAGUCAAAGCAGUAAUGGAAAGCGUACUCGUGCAGUUAUAGCCGAAAAUCAUUCUAAUUCAAACAGUCCUCCUCUGCGCCCUGUAGUCUUGGUUCAUAGAGAUGAUGGCAGAAGAAAAGUACUUCAUAAUGCUGUUUCCCUUACUUCUACAUUAGUUGCUUGCUAUAUUCUCUUUAGAUGGUCUCGGAAUUCUGAUAUUAUCAGUGAUUCUUAGUUUUGUCUCAACACUAUUUUUAUCCCUCUGUGUGCUUGAUUUACGAGUCAAAUCAAUAUUCUCCCAUUCAUAUUCAUUCUUCUGAUCAUUGAAAAUAUGACUUGUGUGGAAUGAACUUCUUGAUCUUUCUAGUUUAUUUUUUCUGUAGUCUUUUGAUAUAAAUGCUUAAGCACUUUCUUGAGCUUCAUGAUUUCUUCAAUAGUUGUAGGCUACUAUAAAAUAUUUCAAAAAGCAUUUCUACUACCAUAUAUAUAUACCUCAGAUUAGGCUAUAAAUAUAUAUAUUUUUUCAUGUCAAGUAUCUGGUCAUUUUCACCAUUAUUUUGAAGAACUUUUAUUCUUGUUAAUUAUUGUAGUACCGGUAUUGAUUGUUUCUGUAGAAAAAGGGUAUUUUGAGUUUCUGCGUUGUAGUUAAUUUUGUCACACAUCCUUCAUUUUGUUAUUGUACAUGUAUUGUUGAUUUACUUUAAAUUAAAAUUCUUUUACACCAUAUACUUUAAUUCAUUGUGUUCACUUCAUUUCUGAACAUUUCCACAACUAAUUGGAAUGUUGUUGAGAAAUUACAUUAUUUCAAAGCUGUUUCAGUCACAGAUCUACUUCAUCUAGAGUAAUGUGUUAAG